AUGCUAGAAGCGCUCGUGUUCUCCCCUCUCCGAGUAACGGUGCACCGCACCACGAUCCCCCAGCCGCGAGAAAACGAAGUGCUGAUCCAAGUGGCCGUGGCGGGCACGAACCCGAAAGACUGGAAAGUGCCGUUCUGGCGCGAGCGCGACAACGGCACCAACCAAGGCGACGACAUGGCCGGCGUGGUGGCGGCGGUGGGCGCGGCCGUGACGCAGUUCAAGCCGGGCGACCGCGUCGCCGCCUUCCAUCAGAUGAUGACGCCGGCCGGCUCGUACGCCGAGUACGCGCUGGCAGCCGACCACGCGACCUUCCACCUGCCGCCGCACGUGUCGUUCGAGGCCGCCGCCACCAUACCACUGGCGGCCAUGACGGCCGCGCUGGGCCUGUUCGCCAGCCUGGGCCUGCCGGAGCCGUGGGUGGCGCGCUUCCACCCGGAUCGACUGCCGCGAGGCGGCAUCGUCGUCUACGGCGCCGCCAGCGCGGUUGGCGCCUACGCCGUCCAGCUGGCCCGCUGGGCGGGUAUCCAUCCCAUCAUCGCCGUCGCCGGGAACGGCAUCCCGUUCGUCCAGGGCCUGCUGGACCCGGCCCGCGGAGACGUCGUCGUCGACUAUCGCCAGCCCAAUGACCAUGUCGUCCGCGACAUCAGGAACGCCGUCCCGCCCGGCCAGAGGCUGGAAUAUGCCUUUGACGCCGUGAGCGAGAAGGCCAAGUCAUCGUACCGGAAUAUCUGUCAAGUGUUUGCCACGCAAGGGCAGGGCGGCGACGUCCUCGACGAUCCCGACAUCCCCCCCACCGUCCACAAAUCCUACACCAUGGUCGGCUCCGUACACGACAAAGACAAGGAUUUCGGAUACGCCUGGUUCCGGCUGUUCGAGCUCGGCCUCAAGGACGGCCUGCUCGCCCCGCACCCGCAUACCGUCGUGCCCGGCGGCCUGGGCGGUGUGGAGGAGGCGUUGAGGAAUCUCAAGGAAGGGAAAGCCAGUGCUACGAAAUAUGUCGUGCGUAUUGCUGAUACGAAGGAGUUAUCUGGCGAGGGGGAGUCGAAGUCCUGA